CAGCGGAGGAGCAUGAGAAGCUGAGCGCCCAGGCACGGCGGGUGACAGCAGCAUCAUGCAGGCAGCGGCCGCGGCACCCGUGCCCUUCUUGCUGCUCUGCGCCCUGGGGACCUGCCCCCUGGCGCGCUGCGGCCGGCCAGGAGACGCCUCGCCGACAGAGCUGGAGAGAGGGAACGAAAACCGUUUCCUGGGGCGCCAGAGCGUCGUGCCACUGCGCCUCCUCUACCGCUCGGGCGGCGAAGACGAAACUCGGCACGACGUGCUCAACACGCGGGUGCGGGGCGACCCCGGCGGCCGGCAGUUGACUCAUGUUGAUCGGGCAAGCUUCCAGGUUGAUGCCUUUGGAACCUCAUUCAUUCUCGAUGUUCUGCUAAACCAUGAUUUGCUGUCCUCUGAUUACAUAGAGAGACACAUUGAACAUGGAGGCAAGACUGUGGAAAUCAAAGGAGGAGAGCACUGUUACUACCAGGGCCAGAUCCGAGGAAAUCCUGCUUCAUUUGUUGCAUUGUCAACAUGCCAUGGACUUCAUGGGAUGUUCUAUGAUGGGAACCACACAUAUCUCAUUGAACCAGAAGAAAAUGACACCUCCCAAGAGGAUUUCCAUUUUCAUUCGGUUUACAAAUCCAGACUGUUUGAAUUUCCUUUGGAUGAUCUUCCAUCUGAAUUCCAACAAAUAAACAUCACCCCACCAAAGUUUAUUGUGAAGCCAAGACCAAAAAGGAGUAAACAGCAGCUUCUUCGAUACCCUCGUAAUGUAGAAGAGGAAACCAAAUACAUUGAACUGAUGAUAGUGAAUGAUCAUCUCAUGUUUAAAAAACAUCGACUUUCCAUUGUACAUACCAAUACCUAUGCGAAAUCUGUGGUGAACAUGGCAGAUUUAAUAUAUAAAGACCAACUUAAGACCAGGAUAGUACUGGUUGCCAUGGAAACCUGGGCAGCUGACAACAAGUUUGCCAUAUCUGAAAACCCCAUGAUCACCCUACGUGAGUUUAUGAAAUACAGGAGGGAUUUUAUCAAAGAGAAAAGUGAUGCAGUUCACCUUUUUUCGGGAAGUCAAUUUGAGAGUAGCCGGAGCGGGGCAGCUUAUAUUGGUGGGAUUUGCUCGUUGCUGAAAGGAGGAGGCGUGAAUGAAUUUGGGAAAACCGAUUUAAUGGCGGUUACACUUGCCCAGUCAUUAGCCCAAAACAUUGGUAUUUUCUCAGAUAAAAGAAAAUUAGCUAGUGGCGAGUGUAAAUGUGAAGACACCUGGUCCGGAUGCAUAAUGGGAGAUACUGGUUAUUAUCUCCCAAAAAAGUUCACCCAGUGUAAUAUCGAAGAGUACCAUGACUUCCUAAAUAGCGGAGGUGGUGCCUGUCUGUUCAACAAACCUUCUAAGCUUCUUGACCCUCCGGAAUGUGGCAAUGGCUUCAUUGAAACUGGAGAAGAGUGUGACUGUGGGACCCCUGCAGAAUGCAUCCUUGAAGGAGCAGAGUGUUGUAAGAAAUGUACCUUGACCCAAGACUCCCAAUGCAGUGAUGGUCUCUGUUGUAAAAAGUGCAAGUUUCAGCCUAUGGGGACUGUGUGCCGAGAAGCAGUGAAUGAUUGUGAUAUUCGUGAAACAUGCUCAGGAAAUUCAAGCCAGUGUGCUCCUAAUAUUCAUAAGAUGGAUGGAUCCUCAUGUGAUGGUGUUCAGGGAAUUUGCUUUGGAGGAAGAUGCAAAACCAGGGACAGACAAUGCAAAUACAUCUGGGGGCAAAAGGUGACAGCAUCAGACAAAUACUGCUAUGAGAAACUGAAUAUCGAGGGGACUGAGAAGGGUAACUGUGGGAAGGACAAAGACACAUGGAUACAAUGCAACAAGCGGGAUGUGCUUUGUGGUUUCCUCUUGUGUACCAAUAUUGGAAAUAUCCCAAGGCUCGGAGAACUGGAUGGUGAAAUCACAUCCACUUUAGUUGUGCAGCAGGGAAGAACAUUAAACUGCAGUGGUGGGCAUGUUAAGCUCGAAGAAGAUGGAGAUAUUGGCUAUGUGGAAGACGGGACUCCCUGCGGUCCUCAGAUGAUGUGCUUAGAGCGCAGAUGUCUUCCUGUGGCCUCUUUCAACUUCAGUACUUGCUUAAGCAAUAAAGAAGGAACUGUUUGUUCAGGGAAUGGAGUUUGCAGUAAUGAAUUGAAGUGUGUAUGUAACAGGGACUGGAUUGGAGCAGACUGCAACACUUACUUCCCUCACAAGGAUGAUGGAAAUGCUGGUAUCAUCCUGUCUGGCAAUGGUGUUGCUGGCACUAAUAUCAUAAUAGGGAUAAUUGCUGGCACCAUUUUAGUGCUGGCUCUCAUAUUAGGAAUAACUGCAUGGGGUUAUAAAAACUAUCGGGAACAGAGGUCAAAUGGGCUCUCUCAUUCCUGGAGUGAAAGGAUACCAGAUACAAAACAUAUUUCAGACAUUUGUGAAAAUGGGCGACCUCGAAGUAACUCCUGGCAAGGCAACGUGGGCGGUAACAGAAAGAAAAUCAGAGGCAAACGAUUUAGACCUCGAUCUAAUUCAACUGAGACUUUAUCUCCUGCCAAGUCUCCUUCUUCAUCAACUGGGUCUAUUGCCUCCAGCAGAAAAUACCCUUACCCAAUGCCUCCACUUCCCGAUGAGGAGAAGAAAGUGAACCGACAAAGUGCCAGGCUAUGGGAGACAUCCAUUUAAGAUCAACUGUUUACAUGAGACACAUCAAAACUGUUUACUUCAACUUUUGUAGAAAUCCAGCCUCCCAGAAUCACUGCAAAUCUGUCUGCUCUUCAGUCAUCACAAGACCCUCUGAGAUGCCUAGAGGAGAGAAAGCCACAUCUCACACACGGAUACCAUUUUCUUUUUGUCAUUGGCUUAAGAUUCAACCAAACCAUGAAAAGAACACUGAAAUGUCACACUAAAACACAGAACAAUAAAGGUACUGGUAUGCUAAUGGAAAAACCUGCAUGACAGAUAUAUGUAGAAAUAUCAAUAAACUCACAUGACCCAAAAUGUAGCAAGUUUCCCAAGGGACAGUAGUGGAUUCAGAACCUGACAUUCUGAAGCCCAUGCUCAUUGUAAACAGUAAUGCUGUAUGCAUGAACCCUCUGUUUAUUGUUCUCCAUAUUUAAGGAAACAACAUCCCAUAAUAGAAACUAGCAUGCAGGGCUAAGGCAUAUAGAAUUAUUCUGCAGGACUUUAAAGCUUUGAGAGGCCAAUAUCCCAUGCGAACUUUAAACAUGUAUUUUUAUUUUACUUUUUUUUUACUUUUCAUACUUAUAUCAACAUACAAGGACAAUUGUACAUAUGUAAACAUUUUUAAAAUUUUAAAAAAGCAGCUGUUACACACAAGUGUAUUUUGCCAAAUGCCUGAAAGCAGUGAAUCACAGUACAUCAACGUCCUCCAUCAAUGGUCUUCAAAGAGUAUAAGCAAAUGGUGUUGUAAAUAUAGUGGUCAAUCCUGUAAAUGUGUCUUUCCAUAACUGAUAUAUGUCUAAAAUGUGAUAGCCCUUUAAAAUGUGUACCGUCUGGAGGCAAUUUCAUCGAGUGAUUGAGUAGGAGAAGGAAAUGUCCAGCAAAACUUCUUCCCUGCAUAGCUUCUGGAGUGUAAUACAGCUGUCAGACUACCUGAAACAGCCUUUCACUGAUGGAUUCCUUAGGAAUCAGCCAGUGUGUCCACCUCUCACCCAAGGGCACAUAGUGCCUGCUACAGUGACUGUUUGGUACCAGAGUGCAUCAGCUAGUCUCACUGGGAGGCCUCCAUAGUGUGUCCUGCCGAGACAGAGCCAGAUGCACCAGGCAGAGACCACAAGCUGCCUUUGAAUUGGUAGCUUGCAUCUAGCCAAUACUCCCAUCUUUUGAGACCAGAAGUUUUUAUUCCUGGACAGAUUUUUUCAGCCACCCCUUUUUGCCAAAGGAAUGGCUUAUUUUAACAAAAACACCUUUCACACUGCUUAUUUAAGGUAUUUGUUACUACUGGGAUGUGAAUUAUAGCCUUGACUUUGAAGUGAGAUGAUGAAUAGUUCUCCUAUUUGAGCUGGAAAGCCUCAACGAAAUCUAAAGCCAUAAGGAUGUAGUAAUGGUGAAGUUACACACACCUGGAAGUGAAAAGAAUCUGGUGGUGUCAGCCCUAUAAAAAUCAGAAAAAUAAGAAUACAUUUAAACCCCUUCUUUAGAACAAGAGCUUAAUAGUUGUAAUACAGCUCUAGUGAGGUCUGAAUUUGAUCAACCACAUGGUCUACUGCAAUGUGUACUUCUGAGUUCACUCCCCCCCGCCACACACACAAACCCUGUAUUUUUUCUUGAGAGGAAUGGAAUCAGCAGACAAGAUUUCAGAAAUGUCGUCUAAAUUUGAGUUCUUCCUGUAAUGUCCAUGGGAAAGUCUACUUCAUCUUCAUGUAUAAUGAUCCUUUGAAGCCCACAUUGAAGGACCAGUUUCAAGGCAAUGUUUUCCGCUUUGUGCUCCUGUCUUCUAUACUGGACCUCUCUUCUGAAUGUUUGAAAGGCAAUUUAACUAUCUAAAAUCAUACGGCAUAAACAGUAUUUUUGACAGGAAAAGGAUGAUAAGAAAUGAUGUGGCUGUAGAUACCUCAAUAAAACUAUCCGUCAGACCAAGGUUUAGGUGACUGUUGGCCAGUGGUGUGUGUAAGCUCAGGCCAAGUACAGAAGGAGAGACAGAUGAAGAGGUGAAGCACGGAAAGGAACUUUUGACAAAAGACCACUUUAAAUGUGCACCAAAUGUUUUCUGGCAUCGAGUGUAUAAAAAGCUAUGUUAUAGGGUUUAUUUUGACUAUAAAAGAGAUUUGAAUAUAGAUUUGAAUAUUUGAAUAUAGAUUUGAAUGUAAGGUGCCUCAUGUAAAUAUGCUUCCUAGUUACAGUUAUACAAGCACUAAUUUGCAAGAAUACACAAAUGGCUUAAUUGACUGAUUAUUUAAUCUACCCAUCAAUGCAUCCAUCUAUUCAUUCUUAACAUCUCAAUUUUUAACCGAAAUUAUUUCAAAUGGAAAAUCAUUAUCAUGUGCCUUUUGGGAGAUAAGGUCACCAUAGUGCUGUACAGUUUGUAAUAAUCCUCCUUCCUAAUAAUCUUCAUAAGAACAGAAAUAAAAGAGGUUUUAUUUAAUUCGCAGAGAUCAGGAUUUUAGGAAUAUAAUAGCUUUAAUGUUCUAUUACAAGUACAUACUCUAUUUCCUAUGUUUAAACAUUCUUGGAACUAUUUUGGGACUUCUUUGACAAGUUUUUGUCUUGAUGAAUAGUUUUAAGAAAUAUCUAUGUGUGUAUUUAUGAUUGGCAUACUUGAGUAUUACAUCUAUAUUUGCUUUUAAUCACUGAGGUAGAUAGAAUGGACCCUUGGCACCAAAUAAAAGCACAGCGAUUAAUUCUUACAUAUCUAUUUCAAAGAGAAUCUUUGGGGACACAUAGUUUGUAUCAUGUAACUAAUAUUUAUAUUCCCCUGUCCACUAUGGAUAGCUAAUAAGCAGAGAAGAGCAGUUAUUUGCCCUUUAUGUUCCAUUGUAUGCUUUUCCCCCAUGUUUUCUUUUUUCUUAAGUUAUGGAGAUAGAGAAGAGCUCAGAUUGACAACUCUUCUGCUGGAAGUGUUCCAUUUACCAAUGUCAGUAGAGUUGGAACUGCACGAAGGAACAUUUCUGUCUCUAACAAAAUGUUACCAGGGGAGUUGUGGGAUAUCAGGGGACAUUAAGGAAUGGGAUAUCCAGACACUGUUCUCUGUACCCAGCCACUUUCUUUAGAUGGGAAGUAAAGUCAGCUAGCUAAAAAAUGGUCCUACUCAUAGGCAGUUUGUGGAUGGGAGUAAAUGCAUACUUCUUCAAACAGCUCAGCACAGUGAGGUUUCUAAAUUAGCUGCAGCUGCUAUAUUAGUAAAGAAACCUAGCACCUCUAGUAGGAAUAACCUAAAGAAAAUAUUGUUCCCUAAAGAAAAUAUUGACAGUACAUACAGCAAAAGUAGGGUUAAAAAUGGCAUACUUCUCAGUUUAAAGUUGGUGCUUUACUAAGAAUCACUGCAGUUUCUCUUUCCCUUUUGCUUUUUAAGGUUUUUAAAAUUGUACUUGUAAAUGUGGUCAGUCCAGCAUAGGAUUCUGAAUGUACGUUUAAUCAGGUUUCUAAUAGAAGCUGCUUUGAAGAUAAAAUUAAUAUCCUUUGUACUUCUAGAGAAAGACUGUCUGAAUUCCAGGCCAGUCUGACAUUCUACAUUCUUGUCUAUUGAUCCUAUUGCCUAUUUGCAUAAUUCCAUCCUGUCCAUAGUCCUAGAUCUUGUGACUCCUUUGUUACCCCUUAAGCAAGCUUUGUUCUUGUGAGUCAUCUUUGAAGCAGAGGAGGUAUGUGAUUUCCACUCACUUCUUUGAGUCUUUCAAAAUUGUUUGUUCAUUUACUUGUUUUACCCUUCCAUUUCCUUCUGUCAUGUAGUUCUAACUUAGCCUCACAUACACACAACAUUGUAAAUAUUUUCUUAUGUUAUUCAACAUAAUAAGUUCUUAUCUUGCUCAAAGGAAAGAUAUUAGGUACUUCACAAAAAUAAAGUUUGGAAUUAAGAGAACUAAAGAGAAAGAAGCAGCUGCCCACACAGCCUGCUUGGGAUGCCGUUACAGGCUGCCACUCAUGCCCAGCAAGGGCCUAUGUAAAUAGCAUGCUACUAGUUGGUGAGUUGGCAUGGAUAUCCCACGACUCUCAUUUCCAGCAUAUCUUCUACUUUUUAUGCUCCUAAUUAUAUACUUCCCCUUUGCUUUUGCCUUCUUCUAGAAUUUUUACCAAAAUUAUUUUCCCCCAUAAAUGUAAGCCCUCAAAAUGAAUGUCAUGUUUUUGCUCUAUAGGAUACCAUUGAUAAAAAGCUGACAUUUCCAUGAAAUGAGGCUUAAAAUAGGGUUCAAAUAUUUAUUCCCCUCAUCUGAGAUAUUUACUUUUAAGUGAUUCAGACUAGAAGGCUACUCUGAUUUUGGAUAAGCAUCUUGUCACCUGGCACCAGGGAACAAGGGAUUUUGAUGAACAACUCCCCCUAUAUGCUGUACUGAAGCACCCAGUCUACCAUUUUGAAAGUGACUGUGGCAGCCUUUUCUGCCUCCCACAGUUCUGGUUGUAUGAGCAGCCUGCUGCUCAGGUGGAUCUGGUAGGAAGUGUUGGCACAUGCUUCUACCAUAUGCUUUGGGGGCACUUUCAGUUCCAAGACUAUUCCUACCACAUCUGCAGAUGCAGAGCAAACACGCACUCUCUUCCUAUUUGAUUCAUUGUUUUGUCAGUUCCAAACAUGGAGCAUCUUCAUUUUGUAAGCAGAAAAGCAAAAUAAACCACCAAAACCAAAAAAAAAAAAAACAGGUUGCAUAAUUAGUUAUGCCUUUUAUAUCAUGUUAACUCUAUAAAUACUUCAUGGUUGAGUGGUUAUGUCCCUGUUGUGUUGUUCAUAGAUCCUGCAACAUGCUGGGAAAAUGCUUCAGGGGUGGCAGGACUUUGGUGAGGGGCAUUGUCAUUUUGUGUCCCUAAGUAUCCUUGGAAUAAAUCCAGAAAAAUUUUGUUAUAUUGUUUUAUUUCACAAAGAAGUCAAAGAAUGAGACUAAUCAAUUUUGUUAAGAUUAUGUAUAUACAAAACCGUCAUAGCUUUAGAGUUUAUGAAGGUUAGUUUUCCUCAUAUAGUCACACAUACAUCUUUACGCAUAUACAUAUGGAUAUAUGUGUAUAGGUAGAUAUAUGCAUAUGAAUAUAUGGGUAUAAAUAUGCAUGUGUGUUUAUAUAUGGAUAUACCUUAGGGCCUAGGCUUUGCUUUAGUGAGUUUCAGAUGGUGAUUUGUGUUUUUGAUGGUUAAACUCUAAUAUACUUCAAAUAGCCCAAAUCUUUAAAUAUAGCGGUGCUAAAUUUUAUCAGAUAACACAAUACAGAAAGUGCUGAACUAUUACAUUUAGUAAUAACACCAGAGUUCCUGCUACAUGAUACAUGUAUAUCACUGCCUGAUUAGAAACCCCACUUUUCUUUUAUAAUCCAGCACAAAAUCAAACUGUGAUUCUGCAACCAGUCUUUUUAAUGGGAAAAAAAAUUGACACAAUACUUUUGUUUUGUAUGGGAAAAUUUUUUUUUACACGAACUGCAAAAGUGCUUAGCAAAAGGCUCAAAAGGUACUAAGCAUGCACUUUUUUUUUAACUUGUUGGAAAAUUUGCCCCUUUAAAAUAGCAUCUCCAAGAGACAACUUUCAGAAAAUGGGGAUUCUACCACAUCAAAGCAAUUUUUGUUAGCCAGUGUAGGUCUGCCCUAGUGUUUCCCUUAUCCAUCCUUUCAAAGGAUGAUUUCCAUCUGCAGCUGAUGCAAGUUUCCCCAGAUGAAGUGUUAAUAGCAGCAUGGUUUCACUUUGGCAACCAGGUAUUCAUGUGUAUAUAGAUUCACACCAUUUUAACAUUCUGCUUCUCUGCAUUUCAGAUUCUUAUGCUACUUUAAAUAUUACUGGGUUUUGGCAAACAUCAAUGGAUAUGUAUAUGGUGACUGCUUUCCUGAGCAAGCGUGAUUUGUUUUAUGGCUGUUCAAGUUGUAAAGUUGUUCUCAUAUUGUAGGUACACAAAAUUUUGUUUUUAAAGGUCACUGUAACUUACAGAUCAAAUUUCUGGCACAAUUUUAUUAGUGUUCACUUCUGAAGCUAAUAAGAUCCAGUUUUCUAUGUUACUCUCAUUGUAACAUCAAUAAAGUGACUUUCAAUAAAAGAUUCAUGUUAUUUUGA